AUGGAGAAAAAGAAUGAAGAAAAGAAACGAUUUGAUAAAAUAGUAUUCUCAGAUCACGACGAAGAACUUUCUAGCAGCAGGGACAUCAAAACAGAAGCCUCUAUUGAAGAACCAGCCACCUGUGGGUCAGAACACACAAGGGAUGUCAAAACCGACUCUGAGCACGCGACGUCCCAUAGUCAGAGUGUUAUUUUUGAGACUGACAGAGGCAACAGUGGCCGAUAUUUGGGGUUAAACCUCGACACCCCAAAGCCAGAGAGUCCUACGCAGGCGGGAGACGGUUCUACUGCUGCUGCUGGAGGUACAGACGACAAAACAGUCCAAUACGAAGAUUCCCUCCAAGACUUGGACACACAGAGAGACGAGGCCCGCAAACUAAACAGGCAGCUGCAGAUGAAACUGGCUGAAUACUUCCACAACACAGUCAUUGAUGGGGGCCAGCAGGUGGCCGGCAGGCCCGAGGAGGAGCAGCGACGGGAGUACGAGCGGUCAGUCCAGGUCCUGUCUGAGCUGAAGCAGCAGCUCAGCACUGCUUCACAGGAGGCCCAGCGGCAGGCGGAGGAGCUCAGGUCACAGGCCCGCGACAAGCUGGGCAAGGUAGAACAGAGGAGAGAAGGAAAGACAGCAGAAAGAGGAGAGAACAUAAAGAACAGGGUGGAGGCCGAGUGGGAGCUGUUCCUGGCGCUGAAGCGGGAUGCCGCGUUGGCGGCGCUGAGCCCCCGCCUGGGGACGGACCUGGCCCGGUCCAAAGUGCAGGCGGUGCUGACAGCGGAGCAGCUCCGGCAGAACCAGCUGACCAGGCUGCGUCUGAAGCACUUCUCGCUGAGGUCCAGGAUCCAGAGGCUGGAGGCGGAGCUCCGUGGCCAGGACCCCCAGCGGGUCCAGGCGGAGCAGCUGCAGGCCAGCCUGCUGGAGAGGAAGAAGCAGGCGGGAAGGGAGAGAGAAGAAUCCCGAAAGCUGCAGAGGAGGAUCAGCAGCAGCCUGGAGGUCCUGUCAAACGUCAGAGAGAAGCUGCUCUGGAGCCAGGCGGAGGUCCGGGCCAAGCGGCAGCAGCUGGCCGAGGUGGAGGUCCUGGUGGCGGAGAGGAGGAACGUUUUGACCCAAGCCAGGCUGGAGCGGAACCGCCUGCAGAGAGCCAACGGCAGCCUGAACCAGCGCUGUGGGCUGCUGGGGGACAGAGACCUGCUGCUGGACUUGGAGCGGACGCUGGGCGCCUCGCAGCUUUUAGAGAAACACCUGGAGGAGCUGAGGCUCAGGAAGGCUGAGGUCACCGCCAGCUGUGGGGUGGGAAGGGGCAAAGAUGGAAUUGCUCCCAAUGACUGCUGCUUUACAUUCUUCAGAACCCCAGUGAACAAAAAUCAGGUCUCUUCAUAUUACAGAACUGAUUCUCGCUGCCCCACAAGUGGAGUUAUCUUAAUAACAAGCAGGGAACGCCGCAUCUGUGUGGAUGUACAGGAACAGUGGGUGAAGAAUAUUAUUAAGCAUCUGGAGAGAAAGACCCGUUAAAGAAUCCGCCGUCUGUUCUGCUUUAUCAGAUCAUGUGAAGAACAAUAAAGCACAUUUGGAAAAGUGA